GUCCAGAAGGAUUCUCCGAAUGCGAAGGAGAUCCUCAUCGCUGUGGGAGGAGGUACAGGUGCCGGAACUGGGACGGGAAGCGCGAAGAUGGACCGGGACCUUAUCCGUCGUAUGCGCUACCAAGACAAAGUUGUGCUGGUCCUGAUGCUCGCGGCAUACUUCAUCGCCUUGAUGUUCACCGCGAGCCUGGCUUAUCGUCAGGCGUCAAACAGCUCGCCGGUGCGGUUCUACGGGGAUCCGCGAGUGGAAGACCUGAUGACUGACAACGCCGAUGCUGACGACUUCCUCCACGUUUUUGCGCAGCCUCCGAGGAGCGUUCAGCUUUGCAUCCAGGGUAUGCUACCUGUACCGACGCUGCUGGCUCAUCUCGUCGAUGGCUCGCUAGAGUGGCAAGGAUGUUUCUAUCGACACGUCUUCAGCUUCGGUCUGGACUUGACGCCCUUCAUCGUGCAUGAGGAGGAGGGUCGAUCUAGUGGCUUGGAGGCGGAUGGGGUGGAGACGCUGAGGAAGUUCCUCAGGGAAGACGUCAACGACCUCGCCACAGUUCAGCUGGUGAAGGAAGUAUCUUGGGAUCGCUGGGAGGAGCUGGCCACGAAUAUCAAGCACAAGAUUCGACAGAAAGGCUUCGACGGCCUCAUCCACGUGAGCUGGAGAAAUACAGAGACGCUCACUGUCUACAAGAACAGAACUUGGGCAAACUUCCUCCACCGCGGUAUUACUCGCGUGCUGCUGGCACUCAGCGUCGUCGGCUACAUGUGGUAUGCUCCGUACAUGUACUUCCGCCAGCGAGGCCCCGAGGUACAUCCGAAAUUCAAGGUCGAUAUCGACAUCGAGAGCUACUGGCAGCUCAUUGGCGAGAAGAUCAAUGAGAGGGGGUUUGAUCCUCAGUAG